UUUUUUUCUUCUUUUUCUUUCCUUCCGCCCUUUCUUCGCAAUAGUCGGUAUUCACGACCCGAUCGAUUUCGUCUCUAAAGCCUUCAUCCGCCGGCAUCAACACCACCGGAACUGAGUAUCGCGCUUGGUAUUCGCCAAUACCUACUCGGCACUGCUGUACGCACCCUCUGCCUGUCCCGCAAACAGCCUGCAAUUGCUUGGAUAUUGGCGAACAAGAAUGCCUCCAUACAGAGACGAGCCUCGAGCUGUUCGUGUUUAUACAGUUUGUGACGAAUCCAGGUAUUUGAUUGUAAGGAAUGUUCCAGCUUUGGGAUGCGGCAAUGAUUUAUUGAAACUAUUUGCUAAAUAUGGAGAUGUUGAAGAGUGCAAACCGAUGGAUGCAGAAGAUUGUGAGCCCUUCACAGAUGUUUACUGGAUCAAAUUCCAUCUCAUUAGCAACGCAAGGUUUGCAAAGAAAAAAUUGGAUGAGUUUGUAUUCAUGGGAAAUCGGCUGCAGGUGUCAUAUGCUCCUUAUUUUGAGAGCGUUGAGGACACUAAGGAGAAGUUAGAAGGGAGGAGAAAGGAGGUUAUUGCAAGACUAAACCCUCAUAAAUCUAGAGGGUCUCCUGCUCAGAAUACUGAAAUUCCAAAUGAGGCUCCAUUGCUUGCCAGUCCAGCUCAAAUGGAUGGUGUUUCCCCUAAAAUGACCGUUAGGCAAAGGUGGGACUCAGGAGAACUGAAACCCAUUUCUCACAUGAAUGAUGCUCCAAUAACAAGAGUUUCAUCUGAUAAGGAUUAUUUCGCGUCACCUUCAAUGAAUCAGACAGUUCAAUUGGUAAGAGAGAAGCUCAAUAAGAUUCAAGCAAGCAGUGAGCAUCUACAUGCUGGACCUGUGUCGAAGAAAGCUCGAGCAGACAACAGAAGAAGAAUUUAGUGCUUUUCAGGGUAGGAAACAGAUGUCUUACCAAAAUUUUGGGUCUUUGUUAAUCCUAUGUGUGCAGUCACCAAGUUUUGUUAAUCUUUCCUUCCUCAUUUCAGUGGUUUCUAUGAUGAACAUCUAGCAUGUUACCUCCCCUUGUAUACUACAGUAGAAAUGAUAAAUUGUCAUUCUAAGCUGCAGUGAACAGUGGAAGCUUCAAUUA